UGACGUUACAAGAAGCAGUGAAGUCUCUACAGAACAGUUUUACUUCUAAUAGAAAGAUAAAGUUGAUCAUCAGAGUUUAAAAACAACAAACUGAUAACGACCAGAAAACCGCUGCCAUCUCUUUCUGCUUUAAGGUCGCAAUGGCAACCAAUGACAGCCAACCUGAUAACAUCGAGGUCGUCUGACCAAGAUAAACACACACACACAGUCACGGUCAAUGACAACACACACACAUUCACAGCCUUUGACCUCUCCAAGGUCUCCUCAUGUGUAACACAGAUUAAAGUCAGAACUCCUCAUCGUCUCCUCACACUCCUCCGUCUCCUCGCAGACAUGUUGACCUACCUUCUCUCCUCCUUCUCUCUAUCCGUCCUCCUUGUCUUCAUCUUCUUUGUGGUGAUCGUCUUAUUAAGCAAACCUCUGCUGUCUCCCAAGCGGGCUCACGGGUCCAUCCCCUGCCUGCCACGGGUCCCUGUCCUGGGCAGCCUCCCAUGGCUGGGAGGGAGCCUCCCCCCCCACCUCCUCUUCAGCCAGCUGGCUUGCAGGUAUGGUCCUCUGUUUGCUCUCUACCUCGGCCCCCACUACACGGUGGUGGUGAACGACCACCAACAUGCCAGGGAGGUGCUGCUGCAGAGAGGGAGGGACUUUGCUGGACGGCCAAGCAUGGUCACCACCAACCUGCUGACCAGAGGAGGCAAAGACAUUGCGUUUUCAGACUACUCUCCUCUCUGGAAGUCUCACCGCCGCCUCGUCCACAACUCCUUCACUCUGUUUGGAGAAGGAACCACUCGACUGCAAGACAUCGUUUUGUCAGCAGUGGACAGUCUGUGCAUUGAGUUGUUGUCCAACGGGACUCGUGGCUUUGACCCGUGUCCUGCGGUGACCAGAGCGGUUACCAACGUCGUGUGCACGCUGGUCUUCAGCAGCACUUAUCGCCACGGUGAUUGUGAACUGCAGGAAGUGAUCCGAUACAACAACGGCAUCGUGGAGACGAUUGCCAGGGGAGGUCUGGUGGACAUCUACCCCUGGUUGAAGGUGUUUCCUAACACGUCUCUCAGUAAAUUGAAGGAGUGCAUCGCUGUCAGGGAUCGACUGCUGAGCCGUAAACUGGAAGAGCACAAGGCAACGUUAAGUGAUGGUGAUCCUCGUGACCUACUUGAUGCCUUGCUAAAGGGACAAACAGGUAGAAAGAAGGGUCAAAAGCCACCUGGGCCACAGGAGGAGGGGAUAACAGACGACCACGUACUGAUGACGGCGGCUGAGGCUUUUGGAGCUGGAGUGGAGACGACAUCCACCACGCUGCUGUGGAUCUUGGCCUACCUGCUGCACCACCCUGAGGUCCAGGAGGGUGUUCAGAAGGAGCUGGAUGAGAAUGUGGGCAGCGAGCGAGCCGUGAGCGUGUCGGAUCGUGGUCACCUGCCGUACCUGGACUGUGUUAUCAAUGAGGGCAUGAGGAUCCGACCUGUCAGCCCAGUUCUGAUCCCUCAUACCGCAAUGACCAACAGCAGUAUUGGAGGUCACGCUGUCAGUCAAGGGACUCGUGUUUUGAUCAACAUGUGGUCCAUUCAUCACGACCCCCAACACUGGGACAAACCAGACUUGUUCAACCCAGAUCGUUUCCUUGACAACCUGGGUCAACGUGUUACACCCUCAUGUUUCCUGCCUUUUGGGGCCGGACCUCGAGUCUGCGUUGGCGAAUCAUUGGCCAGACUGGAGCUCUUCCUGUUCUUGUCCUCUCUGCUCCAGCGAAUGAGCUUCAGGUUGCCGACUGGGGCUUCCCCUCCUAACUUGCAGGGGCGACUAGGUGUGGUCUUGCAGCCGUUGCCUUAUAAGGUCGUAGUCACACCUCGGCCUGGAUGGGAGGGCAGGGCUAAAUGAAAGGAGGAGGAGCUACUAGUCAAGCUAAGAUUUUAGACAGAAAUAAAGUUUUGUUGCUUAGGUAAACAUUUAAAGUUAAAAGUAACCAUUACAACAAUUACAAAAGCUAACAUGCAUACAGAUUUAUGAACAAGGACAUUUUCAUGUCUUUUUUUAUUAAUUUGUUUCAUUAAAGGUACAAUAAACUUUAAUCUCAGUUAGUUUGGCUUAAUUUGUCCCAUCUU